ACCCCAUGCAUUAAGGGUCUAAGAACCUUCAAUUCAGGGCUUUGAAACAAUGAAGAGCUCUACAAAGAGGAACACUUCAAGCAAGUAAGCAAAGCUCCCCUCACACAACCGUAUGGCUACGCAUGAUUUUGUGGAUUGGAAGGAUGAGCCCAUUGGGCAAGCAAGACAUGGUGGAGCAAGAGCUGUGCUGUUCAUCUACAUAAUGGCUAUGUUGACAGACAUGUCCUGUACACCAAUCUAUAUGAACAUGAUUAAUUACCUACAUGGAACCCUGCAUAUGGAUGUCGCAAGCAGUUCAAUCACAAUGACUAACUUCUUUGGUGCAACAUGUGGAUUUGCUUUACUUGGAGGCUUCAUCUCAGAUGCCUACAUCACCAGAUUCAGAACCUUACUGCUUUUUUGUCCCUUGAUAGUCCUUGGACAAGGUUUGUUAGCCCUGCAUGCACAUUAUCUCUCUCUCUCACCACUUGAGUUAAAAGUGGAAUCUCAUGGCUUCAAUUCUUCUAUUCUUUACAUGGGCUUAUAUACCCUAGCUCUGGGUGAAGCUUUUUUCCGAGCUAAUCUCCCACCAUUCGGAGCAGAUCAAUUUGAUGACAAUGACAUUCUAAGUUCAAGGAACAAAUCUAGUUACUUCAACUGGUUGAGCUUCAUCUGCACUGGAGGUUCCAUAAUAGGCCUCAUUUUCAUAGUUUGGAUAGAGAACAACAGAAGUUGGGUUGAAGGCUUUGUUGUAUCUGCAAAUUUAAUGGUACUUGGGAUUCUGGUGCUGAUUUCAGGUUUUAAGUUCUAUCGUAACCAAAUCCCAAGUGGAAGCCCUCUAACUCGAAUAAUGCAGGUUUUUGUGGCUGCAUUUAGAAAAAGAGAUCUUCCAUUACCUCAGAUUGGAGAACUGCAUCAAGGUAAUUCCAAUGAAGAAAUGGUGGGUGAAGAGUUAGAACACACAAUGGACUUCAGAUUCCUCGAUAAAGCUGCGAUUUCGUAUGGAAUAACCUCAUCAAAAUGGUCUCUUUGUACUGUAACACAAGUGGAAGAGGCAAAAAUUGUCCUUCGAAUGCUCCCCAUCUUCAUCAGCACCGUCUUUGCAUACACUCCCAUGCAUCUUCUCGCGACCUUUGGUCUACUACAGGCUAACACAAUGAGAACUACUAGAUUGGGAACAUUUACCAUCUCUCCAGUUUCUCUAAUUGCAAUCCCUUAUGCUCUGCAAAUGGUAUUUAUUGUUGUCUAUGAUCGAUUAUUCGUGCGACUCACGAAAAGGAUCACUGGAUAUCAAACUGGAAUCACUCAACUACAACGUGUAGGUGUUGGCCUAAUGUUAUUACCAUUAACAAUGUGUAUAGCUGCCAUUAUAGAGAGAGAAAGGAAAAGAAUUGCAGAGGAAUAUGAUCUAAUAGACUCCAUUAAUACUCAUCUGCCCAUGUCAAUAACUUGGCUUGGGCCACAAUAUUUUGGAAUGGUAGUCAUUGGUGUGUUUACAUAUAUAGGGUUGCUGGAGUUCUUCAACAGUGAGACUUCUAGAGGAAUGAAGUCAAUGGGGUCUGCUAUGUUCUCCUGUGUGAUUGGAUUGUCUUCCUUGCUGAGUUCUGUUGUAGUGAAUGUAGUAAAGAAUGCUAGCAGAGAUGAAGAUGGUGGAAGAAAUGGAUGGAUGGAAGGAAACAACUUGAACAAGAGUUAUCUGGAUCGAUUCUACUGGUUGGUUUCCGUCUUCAGCUUGGUGGGGUCUUUGAGCUAUCUGUUUUGGGCUCACAAGUAUGUGUAUAAGCGAAGUAGGCUUACUAUAUUUCAAAAUAGCUGAAGCCCUUGUCUAGAAAGAGAAUGAACAUCCUUCCUAAGGAUUCAAUUGAUAAAGGUCAGCAUUUUUCUUUUUUGGAUAAAA